CCUGCCGCUAACCCGGAAGCCGACGCUAGUCGCGAGCUGUUCCAUCGGUGGAGUAAAGAUGGCUGACCAAGGCGCCGCAGAUGCUGGUAAUAACAACAAUAAAGCCGACGCUGAGGAGGGAACCAUCAUUAAGGUGACCGUCAAGACCCCCAAAGACAAAGAAGAAAUCGCCAUCGCGGAAGAUGCGUCCGUCACGCAGUUUAAAGAAGAAAUCUCCAGGCGGUUCAAGGCCAAACAGGACCAGCUGGUUCUGAUCUUUGCUGGCAAGAUCUUGAAGGAUGGAGACAGCCUCAGCCAGCACGGCAUCAAGGAUGGCCUGACGGUUCACCUGGUCAUAAAGACAUCACAAAAGGCGUCAGAUGGAGGCAGCCCCUCCACCUCCAGUUCAUCCUCCAGCCAGGCAGGAAGUACCAACACCUCCGCUCCUGGCACCGCCCCACCCUCCACCGCCGGGCUGACCCCUGGCUCCGCCCCGCCGCCCGCACAGACGCCCAACCUUCUAAGCGGUUUCGGCGACCUGUCCAACCUGUCCGGCCUGGGCAUGGGCUCGGCCAACUUCAUGGAGCUGCAGCAGCAGAUGCAGAGGCAGCUCAUGUCCAACCCGGAGAUGCUCUCGCAGAUCAUGGAGAACCCGUUGGUGCAGAACAUGAUGUCCAACCCGGACCUCAUGAGGCAGAUGAUUGUGGCCAACCCUCAGAUGCAGCAGCUGAUGGAGCGCAACCCGGAGAUCACGCACAUGCUCAACAACCCGGAGCUCAUGAGACAGACUAUGGAGCUGGCUCGCAACCCCGCCAUGAUGCAGGAAAUGAUGCGCAACCAGGACCGCGCACUCAGCAACUUGGAGAGCAUCCCCGGGGGCUACAACGCCUUACGCAGGAUGUACACAGACAUCCAGGAGCCCAUGCUCAGUGCGGCCAGAGAGCAGUUCGGUAACAACCCCUUCUCAGCUCUGGGCGGCGGCUCCGAGUCCGGCGUCCAGCCGUCACGGACAGAGAACCGGGAGCCCCUGCCCAAUCCCUGGGGGCCGCCCAAUUCCUCGAACCCCUCAGAGAGCGGAGGCGGCACUCCGGGAAGCACGGGCACCCCCGGGGGCACCAACCCCACCGUGUCCAACCCUCUGGGCGUCAACCCUGGCAGCCUGGGCAACGGAAUGUUCAACAGUCCGGGCAUGCAGAGCCUCCUGCACCAGAUCUCUGAAAACCCUCAGCUGAUGCAGAACAUGCUGUCUGCUCCGUACAUGCGCAGCAUGAUGCAGUCGCUGUCCCAGAACCCCGAGCUGGCCUCCCAGGUGAUGAUGAAUAACCCCUUGUUUGCUGGAAACCCACAGCUGCAGGAACAGUUCCGAGCUCAGCUGCCCGUCUUUCUGCAGCAGAUGCAGAAUCCAGAGGCGCUGUCGGUCAUGUCCAACCCUCGGGCCAUGCAGGCGCUUAUGCAGAUCCAACAGGGUCUACAGACGCUGCAAACAGAAGCACCGGGCCUCAUGCCGAGUUUAAUGUCCGGCGGCAUUCCCGGCAUCCCCACCGGCGGCAUCCCCACCGGGGGCAUUCCCGGCAUCCCCACCGGGGGCAGCGUGCCCCCUGAGAACCCCGCGUCCCCGCCCAGCAGCACCGCAACGCAGCCAAACGCCGCUCAGCAGCAGCUGAUGCAACAGAUGCUCCAAAUGUUUGCCGGCGCCGGGGGAGGGGGAGGAGGAAGCGGCGUAGCGAACCAGACCCCAGAGGUGCGCUUCCAGUCCCAGCUGGACCAGCUGAACGCCAUGGGCUUCAUCAACCGCGAGGCCAACCUGCAGGCCCUCAUCGCCACCGGAGGAGACAUCAACGCCGCCAUCGAGAGACUGUUGGGCUCUCAGCCCUCGUAAAGACACACACACACUCACGUACACCCACACACAAACAGCACACACUCAUAUACACAAACACAAUGCCGCAAAAGUAACUUUACAAAGACACUUGGGCAAGAUCUGACACACCUCCUUUCUGCUUUUGUUCAUUCGCUAACCCCCCUCUCCCCUUUCUUUGGCGUCAUCCCCUCAACCACUCUUCAUCUUGAAGGGCGGUCCGGACGCAUUCAAACCUUUUCUCCGUUUGUCGUCUCCUUCUUUGCAAAGUACGACGUGAUUGGCGGAGGACGAUUGCUAACAUUUAUCCAACAUCACCCCCAAAACAGUCCCUUUCAGCGCCUCCAAAUGCUAGUAAAGUGCUUUAGCAAUGACGCCCUCCACACGUGUUAGUCAUUCCAGGUGAAAGCGCCCGCUCGUGGGUGUGCAGUGUCUUUGUGUGUCUGAGGCACCGCUGCUGUGCCUUGUGUCCCCCACCCCACCCGUCCUGGUACCACAAAGUCAAGACGGUUCAAUGCGAGACCUCCGUGUGUGUGUUUGUGUGUGUGAGGGAAGGAGAGGGUUUUUGAGUUCCACCCACGCAUCCCCACGCCGGACUUUCAACUUUAAUCAAAACCGUUGAGAUGCAGAGGGCACCAUUAUGGAGGUUCAUUUGUGUCUUUGUUAGGAAAACUUUUUAUGACACCAAAUUUAUGUAAGCAAUUUUUUUGCUUUUGGAUUUUGUGAACUGAAUUUUUUACAUCAAUGCUGACAUAGUCACUAAAAAAUUAAGUGCAUAAAAUUCAGUCUACAAAAAUUAGGUGUUUGAAAAUUCAGUGCAAAAGAAAAUCAGUCUAAAAAAAAUUCAGUGUUUGAAAAUUCUGCACAGAAAUAAAUGUAUCUAAAAAAAAAAUGCAGUGUUUUCAAUUCAGUGUAUAAAAAUGAUCUAAAAAUGUCAAUGUAUUAAAAUUCACAUAAAAAAAAAUCAGUGUAAAAAUUCAGUGAAAAAAAAUCAGUGUAAAAAUCUAGUUAAAAAAAAUUCAGUGCAAAAAAAAAUCUGUGUAAAAAUUCAGUGCAAAAAAAAUCAGUGUGUAAAAUUUCCGUCCAAAAAAAAUGCAGUGCAAAAAAAAAUGUGUGUAAAAAUUCAGUCCAAAAAUUUCAGUGCAAUAAAAAUCAGUGUGUAAAAAUUCAGUCCAAAGAAUCAGUGGUUUAAAAUUCAGUGUACAAAAACUCUAAAAAUUUCAAUGUAGGAAAAUUCAGGGUAAAAAAAAAUCUGUGUAAAAACCUAGUCAAAAAAUAUUGACUGUUGGAAAAAAAAUUCAAUGCAAAAUAAAAAUCGGUGUGUAAAAAUCCAGUGCAAAAAAAAUUUUGUUUAAAAAUUCUGUGUACGAAAAUUACAAGGUCAAGGUCAAAAAUAUUUGUUGCUUCAAAACUCAAGAGUCACCUGCGGUAAAUUAAGACCCAAGCAAUCCAUCCUGUCUCAGAAGCAGCCAAAGAGAUGAGUUUUGAUUAACAAAUAUUUCCGCACUGAUUUCCAUACAUUGCAUUUUUUGCACAGUAUUUUAAAACACUAACUUAACAAACUGAGUUUUGAAACACACAAUUUGCCCACUAAUUUUUUCUCAAUGAAAUUGUCCGUGUAAUUCCAUUCAGUUCACAAAAAGUCAGUCACAUGAAUUCCGUUCCAUAAAACUUAGGUAAUAAAGACACAAGUAACCUCCUCACAAAUAUGAAUGAAGCAAACAAGCGUUCCUUUCAUUAUUUUCUGAUGAUUUACUUCUUUUGUUCUUUUUUUUUUCUUUCUUUCUCUCUCGAGUUGUCGCGUUUAAAUUAAAACAAUGAAAAUCAGUUCAACGAUGAAAAUAAAAGGCUUUACAAACAGUUCUGCGAAUCUAGCGCUAGCUCGUCUUGAUACCUUUUUGUUUUCUUUUGGAAGAACCUCAGCAUUGGAGUUGUGGUUACCAUGGCAACCGCUUCUACUGGCUUGGUUGAUCUCGGCUAUCAAAACAAAACGGGAAAUCCAUCUCUCAAUUGAACAUGUUGGAACUAACUUUUAACAGUACUGUACUAAAAUGAAAAUAAAAGGUGGUCAAAACUG